AUGCAAAAAAAAGAAAAUCCACCAUCAGCAAAGAAGGCGCCAAAUAUUCGAAAAUUAAGAGACGAGAACAGGAUCUACUAUCCCAAUUCAUUUAUUUGCAAGAACAACCUUUGUCAAAAAGUAUACGUACCUACCUAUGAAGAAAUCUACCUCUCUCUGAGCAGAUGUGUACUGCAGUGCAUGGGACCACAGUUGUGGCCAUACCCCAUCGGAUUUACUUUAUACAGUCGAAAUCUCAUAGCUUUAGCAACAAGUAAACUUGAAUACAAAUUCCAAUCUGUACCAUCCGAAGCAGUACAUUCAUAUUUAGCCGAAGCAUUCAAAUUAUUUAUCGGCGAUCUGGCAAAGCUGGAAAAGUUUGACGCUAAACCCAAAAACGAAAAUUCAACCAAAGAUUUGCAAAUAAAGAAAAUGAAUAUACAACUUGAUGUUGAAUCUGAUGCAGAUCCAAGAGUUAAAGUAGACACCGACGAAUCCUACAGCCUGAAGCUUGAUAUAGUUAAUAACGUUGCUAUGAUACGGAUAGCGUCUCCUUCGUUUUGUGGUGUCAGACAUGGACUGGAGACAUUGAGCCAAAUGAUUCUACUAGACGAAACUUCAGGAUACUUAAUCACUGUCGAUCAUAUCAUCGUGAAAGAUGCACCAAGUUACAGAUACAGGGGCCUGAUGAUCGAUACUGGAAGGAAUUACAUUCCGGUGCCAGAUUUGAUGAGAACUAUAGACGCGAUGUCGGCAUGUAAAUUAAACACGUUCCACUGGCGUAUUUCUGAUGCCACCAGCUUUCCUUUGCAUAUUCCUACGAUCCCACAACUCUCACAAUACGGAGCUUUCAGUAGGAAUAUGAUUUAUACAAAAGAAAAUGUCCAAGCUUUAGUAAAAAGAGCUGGAAUACGUGGUAUAAGAGUUUUGAUUGAGAUAGCAGCUCCAGGGCCUGUUGGUAGAGCAUGGUCUUGGUCUCCUGACGCUUCUUGUCCAACAAAAACCUCGAAUUAUUCUUGCAACAAUGUGCUUUGUCUAAGAUUAACCAUGAGAGAAUCUAUAAUGGAUGUUCUUCAAACGAUUUACAGUGAAAUAAUUCAGAUGACUGGAGUGGAUGAUAUUUUUCAUCUCAGUGAUAGUCUUGCUUCCAUGGUGAACUGUUUCUUUUUGAUUGAAGAGAGACAAGGUUUCCUUGAGAAGGCUUUAGAAAGACUGAGGAUAGCCAACAAAGGGUUUCUACCAAAGUUACCUAUAAUAUGGUAUUCUAUGCAUCUAGCUAAGUACAAUGAAGCGAAGAAUUGGGAAAGAUAUGGCGUUCAACUAGCCGAAUGGCUACCCAACCCUUCAGAUCAGUUCAUGAGUAAAUUCAAAGUGAUACAUUCUAGCAGGUGGGACCUGUCGUGUGAGGUGAAAAAACAGAGGUGUAAGAAAUAUAGGACUUGGCAAGAAAUGUAUGCCUGGAAAUCAUGGAGGAAUAUUGAUGUAUUCACCAUUGAAGGUGGUGAAACUCUAUUGUGGACAGACUUGGUCGACUCUAGUAACCUGGACUAUCAUUUGUGGCCUCGUGCUGCAGCUGUUGCAGAGAGGCUCUGGUCGGAUAUAACCAUUAAUGGAAGUGCAAGCGCCCCUGUUUAUAUAAGACUGGAUAGCCACAGAUGGCGUAUGCUUCAGAAGAGAAUAAACGUUCAACCUAUAUGGCCAAAGUAUUGCUCCUACAACCCCGAACAAUGACUUGGCAAGAAAUGUACGCCUGGAAAUCAUGGAGGAAUAUUGAUGUAUUCACCAUUGAAGGUGGUGAAACUCUAUUGUGGACAGACUUGGUCGACUCUAGUAACCUGGACUAUCAUUUGUGGCCUCGUGCUGCAGCUGUUGCAGAGAGGCUCUGGUCGGAUAUAA